AGGUUGCUUGCUUGUGGUGGCAGUCGGCAGUCGGCAGUCAGUCAGUGUGUUACAAGUCAGUCGAGCAAGCACGUUUGUUUAGUGCUGACCCGUACACACACACACACACACACACACAUAACUUACCCGUGAACGCGCCCAGGAUAGAUUACUGUGGUGUGUAGUCUGUAGUGUAGUGUGUAGUUAACCUAUCUGACGGAAUUCCCAUGUGGAUCUAGAGUUUGUUGUUUCUGUUCAUUCUUUUCUUUCGCUUUGAGUUUUAGUUUAGGCUCUGUGAUUUGUUCGAUCGGCUUUCUCACUCAGGUGGUGGUGGUGUGGAUAUAUUAUUAUCUGGAACGACGGAGAACCUCGUGAAGGGGGACCUUGGCGACAACAGGUGUGCUAACAAGGAGGCAAAGUCUUCCUUUGAUAAGCUGUGGAUUUUUGGCGACCUUUUCUACAAGAGAAUUUAACACGGAAAGGAGAUGGCUAUGAGACCGCGAGGGUACGGCUUUUCUUCCGAGAUAAGCCGAAAGAUCGCCGCCAAGUAUGACACGACCCUAGAGCAGGAGGCGAGACUGUGGAUGGAAGCAGUGCUGGAGCAACCUUUGAUGCCGGGGGCGAACCCAAAUGAACCUCUUGGGGUGGACCAAUUUCAAGCUGCAUUGAAAGAUGGAAUUAUUUUAUGCAAUUUGUUAAACAAAAUAAAACCGGGUGCCAUUAAAAAAACGAACACGUCCAAAAUGCCUUUCUUGCAAAUGGAGAACAUCAGCAAAUUCCUGGAAGGCUGCGAGGCUUUAGGAGUUUCCAAGACAGAUUUGUUCCAGACGGUGGACCUCUUCGACAAAGUCAACAUGGUCCAGGUGAUCAACGGCAUUUACGCUUUAGGAAGAAAGGCCCAGAAGAUCGGCUACCCUGGCCCAACGUUAGGAGCGAAGGAGGCAGACUCGAACCCUCGCAACUUCUCCGCAGAGAAGCUCAACGCUGGUCAGGGCGUGAUUGGUCUACAGAUGGGAACCAACAAGGGAGCCUCCCAGACUGGCAUGAGCUUUGGGCGGUCACGGAGCAUCAACGAACACGGACAGAACGGCCAUGUGUAGGGGGCAGUGGGGAGGAAAAACAGGAGAUGAGAAACCGUAUUACAGUGGAGUCCGCUUAAACGGAAUAUCGUCACUUAAAACAGAAUAUCGUCACCGGAAUAUUGUCACUUAAACGGAAUAUCGUCACUGCGCUAGCGAAAUGUCACACCUCAGUUUUUCCACUUUUGAGAUAAAGGAAAAAAACUAUUUAACUAGACUAUUAAUUAUCAUCUAAUAAUGGUAACACUUGCCAUGCAUGUUUCUUUUGUGACUGUCAGUUCAUUUUUGUUUUGAUUUUACCAAAAGAUUGAUAUAGUACCACCAAACAAAAUAAAAGACCAGUUUUGCAUUUUGACACCGCUCUGUGUUAUGCCAUUUUGCUAGCGCAUUGAUGAUCCAAAAACAGUGGGAAACUGAAAAAAAGUAUACAGUAUAACAAGGAUAGCUCGAAUUCGUCGAGACCGGAAUAUCGUCACUUAAACGGAAUAUUGUCAAUAUCGUCACUUAAACGGAAUAUUGUCAAUAUCGUCACUUAAACGGAAUAUUGUCAAUAUCGUCACUUAAACGGAAUAUUGUCAAUAUCGUCACUUAAACGGAAUAUUGUCACUGCGUUAGCGAAAUAGGACACCUCAUUUUUGCUACUUUUGAGAUAAAGGAAUAAAACUAUUUAACUAGACUAUUAAUGAUCAUCUAAGAAUGGUAACACUUGCCAUGCAUGUUUCUCUUGUGACUGUCAGCGCGUUUUUGUUUUGAUUUCACCAAAGAUAGAUAUGGCACCACCAAACAAAAUAAAAGGCUAGUUGCAUUUUGACACAGCUGUGAGUUAUACUAUUUUGCUAGCGCAGUGAUGAUCCGAAAACAGUGGGAACCGGAAAAAAAGUAUACAGUAUAACAAGAAUAGCUCGAAAUCGUCGAGACCGGCCUCGGAAGUUUGAGGGAUCCGUAGUGCGAGGGAUAUCUUACAAAGAAAAA